AAAGAUACGGCUAACAAAUUCAAUUGGGACAUCUUCUCACGGAAGUGAAGUUUGUAAACAUAGUGAUUUUUGAUCCUACCACAACUUGUGCUCGCACUGCAUAUUUUAUAUGUUCCCGACAAAAGAACCGCUUUCAAACUGGCUACUUGUACAACUGCGGCUUGCUGGGGCUAAGAAGAGGAAGCAGUUCAUAGUCUCGCUCAGGUCCUAGAUGUGUGCAUUGUUUAACUAGCACAGAUCACAAACUGAGGGUGGCGUGUGUUUGGAUUGCGCAGUGUGCAUAACACAAAAUGGCGAGGUUGAGCGAACAUGGGAUUCGCCUCAGUUCUAUGAGCCCUUCGUACCUGAAUAGUAACUCAACGAGUCACACAUGGCCCUUCGGCGCAGUGGCAGAAUUAGUAGACAAUGCCUCAGACCCAGGUGUCACUGCCAAGAAGAUUUGGAUAGAUGUUGUCCAAGUGAAGGACCAGCAGUGUUUGGCGUUCACAGAUAAUGGCAGUGGGAUGACCCCCAACAAGCUGCACAAAAUGCUUAGUUUUGGCUUCACUGACAAAGGCACGGUGAAGGGGAGCCACCAGCCCAUUGGCGUCUAUGGCAAUGGCUUCAAGUCUGGCUCCAUGCGACUGGGUCGGGAUGCCCUUAUCUUCACCAAGAACGGUGGCUGCCAGAGCGUGGGCAUGCUCUCUCAGAGCUUCCUGCAGGCCAUCAAGGCCCAGGCUGUCAUCGUGCCAAUCGCCCCGUUUAAUCAGCAGACUAAGACAUUAGUAGUGACAGAGGACUCGGAGGCCAGUCUCAAAGCCAUCCUCACACACUCCCUCCUCAACACCAAAGAGGAGAUUCAGGAGCAGCUCGACACCAUCCCUGGGAAGAAGGGCACGAAAAUACUCAUCUGGAACAUCCGAAGGAACCAAGACGGGAAGCCAGAGUUUGACUUUGACACCAAUGGGCACGACAUCAGACUGCCAGAAAUCCAGAGCGAGGAGUUGGAGAGGAAAGGGAAGAAGAGCUACACAGGACCCCGCCGAACGGACCAGAUCAUCCCAGAGAUGGACUACUCUCUGAGGGCAUAUCUGAGCAUUCUUUACCUGAAGCCAAGGAUUCAGAUCAUUCUCAGACAGAGAAAGGUCCAUACCAAACUGGUGGCAAGGAACCUGUCCAUGAUUGAGAAUGAUGUCUACAAGCCACACUUUAUUAACGAACGUGUCAGGAUCACCUUUGGCUUUAACAGCAAGAACAGGGAUCACUUUGGCAUCAUGAUGUACCACAGGAACAGGCUCAUCAAGUCCUAUGAGAAAGUGGGCUGCCAAAUAAAAUCCUCAGGGCAAAGAUCGGGAGUUGGAGUCAUUGGGGUGAUUGAGUGCAACUUUUUGAAGCCUGCUCACAACAAGCAAGACUUUGAGUACACCAAAGAGUACAGACUGACACUGGCAGCCCUUGGCCUGAAGCUCAAUGACUACUGGAGAGAGAAGAAGGAGAAGAAAGCCAAAGAGAGAGAGUUUAAUGCUCUCUACAAGCACAGCAAUGAGGAGAAGGACGAGGACGAGGACGAGGACAAGGAGGAAGCCGAAAAAGAAGAAUUGAAGUGGGUGCAGUGUGAGGAGUGUUUGAAGUGGCGGGGAGUGCCAUCCCAUCUGCUUGCUGGAGCAACGCCUGAAGGAUGGACCUGCAGUCAACAUCCAAACCCGCGCAACAGGAGUUGUGAUAUACCAGAGGAAGGAGAGGACACAGAAGAGGAGCCGACCCCCAGCUAUGAGAAGACGGUGAAAAAACAGGACCAGGUUCACGUGAGGAGGAGAGUGAAGUCACAGGAGGAGAAGAAGAGGAGCCGGCACUCCCUGACGCGAGGCCUGUCUGACCCCUUGGUCACAUCCCAGAUGGACUCAGCAGAGCAAGAGGAGGAGGAGGAGGAGGAGGAAGAGGAGGAGGAGGUUGAAAUGGAGGAAAAAAUGGAGAAAAGAAUGGAGAUGAGACAAACCAAAGAGAGACGAACGUACAGCAACAAGAGGAAAGCUUCGGAGCUUCAAAAAGACAAGGCUAAAAAGCUAUGCUCAGGCGAGCAGCCUGAACACGCCGUUCCAGACGGCAGCGGCCAGGAGAAGAGAGGAACAGAGGCCACACCUCAAACCUCACAGGCCUCAGACGGCAAGCCAACCCAGCCAGAUGUACGCCUUUCCGGCGACGAGCCGACCCCAGCGCAGGCCCCUCCCGUGCAGGCGGAACCGGUCAGGGACCCCCAGGGCCGGCCGCUCUCCUCCACAUCCGGCAGUGUGUGGCCCCACGCGCCCAUGACCCCGGGCUCGCACCCGCCAGCCUGCGCCCAGACGGUGGUGGUGCCUCCGCUGAGCCGCACGGGCAGGCAGAAGGCCGGCUCGCUGGCCCAGGAAGAGCUGGACCGCUCCAUCCUCAACCAGCGGCUGGGCCAGCUGGAGAGGGAGGCCAAGCGGCUGCGCAGGAAGCUGGGACUGAGUACCUCAGCGGCAGAGGAGGUGACCCAGGCGGCCGGCGCCGGUGGCCAGCCAGAGGGUCAGCCUCCACCGUCUGCCGGUCAGGGCGAGACGCCAAACGGGGCGGCGGUGGAAAACAAAAGCGUGUCAUCGGGGGAGAGUGUGUGUGCCACUCUGGAUGUGCAGAGUUCAGUGCCUACUGUUGACCUGACUACCACGGGGCAAAUGUUGAUGGAGCUCACUGCUGAAAAGCAAACACAGGCAGCAAAGUCACAGGAGAGUGAUCUGACUGCGAUGCCUCAUCAGAGGAGCAUUACUCAGAGCAGUCAACAGGGGGAGCCAUCGAGCCCAACGGAUGAGCAGUUCUGCAACAAGAAAUAUUCCCCCAUGCAGCUCCAGCAGCCACUGCUUGCUGAGGUGCAUCGGCUGAGGAAGGAGAGAGAGGCACUACUGAACAGAGUGAAGCAGACGGAGAGGAGAGACAGACAGACGCGAGACCAGAGCACAAACACAAUCGACAGCGUUCCCACGGACCGCCUGCGCACCAUGAGGAGAAAUGUUGUGGCUCUUCUGUCCUCCAUCCUGCCACACCUGGACCUACAGGGGAUCAGUUACGACACUGGAGAUGUGGACAGCAUCCUUCAACAGAUCAUUGAAGCUAACAACCUUUGAUCACCCACACACACACACACACACACAAAACCGUUAAGAUCGAUGUCCUAUAAGCUUAUUUUAGAAUUUAAUUUGCUUUGUUAGAUUUUGAUACCUUGCUUUUAGUUAAGUUACCUAUUACUAAUUCAGUGUGUAAUUUAAACACGGUUCUAUGCUUCUAAGCAGGUGUUUAAUGUUGAAGAGAAGGAGAUGCAUCACCAGUCCAUCCCUACAUAAAUUAAACCCUCUAAACAUAAUGAAGGGCUCUUGUCUUCAAUCUGUCAAAAUAAGGACAAACGUCAAAGCAGCAUUAAGAACGAUCUCAUACUGUUUACAACAUUUACACCAAGAAGCAUUAUUGCCAAGAAGUGUACUCCUGUUCAGGACAAUUUUAACUAAUCGUUUAAUGCAGUGGUUCACAAACUUCUCAUGGCCGACCACCCUUUGACAAUAAGAAAAAGAAAACGCGCCUCCCCCAUCCCUCCCUUACAAAGUAGGCUAUAAACUCAGCACCAGAUAGGCUAGUGCUCUAAGACAGUGGUACCAUAGUGUGGGGCGGGCCCUCUGGGGUGUGGGCUGAGGGCAAAAGAACGGAACGAGAACCCUUAACAACCAACUACUGGUCAAAUGAAGUAUUGCAGAGCUCUUAGAGCAUAGUAGCCUGUAACUAGCCUAUCUGGUGAUGAGUUUAUAGCCCAAUGUGCAAUUAAAUACUAUCAAUACUAUCAUACGGUCAGGGCCUACCAUUUAGCCUAUAUGCUAGAAGGCAAAGCUAGUCUAAUUAUUAAUACAUGGACGUGCGCCAUUUUUACACAAGAAUAAAAAAAGGCCUAACUUAAAUAUUUAACUUUGAUGAAAUUAAAUGGAACAUGUUCAACUAUUCGAAUAUAGAAACACUGUUAAAGAAAAGCUAUGCAUCAGCUAUUUUUAGAUUUAAUUAAAAAACGGUUACAGUCUAAUAUGAGCAUUUCAAUCUUUGCACAACGCUGUAGGGAGGAAGAGAGGGAGGUGUGGGGGCCAUUUUUUUUCCUCAUUGUCAAUGGUAAACUGAUAAAAUAUUUAAGUUUAACUGAUUGAUGAAAUGUAAUUGUUACCAAUGUUAAAGAGAACAUUGCAAAAGCUGAUAAACAUGUUUUUUGUAAUAUUUUUAUUAAAACCUAAACUGAUUUAUGAAAUUAAAAUGAAAAUGUUC